UGUUCUGUGUGUGUGUGUCUGUUUGAAAGAAGGACGGGGGUGUAUGGAAAGCCUCAUACACAAGACUAGAGAGAGUCAGAGAGUGAGGGAAACAGAAAGGACAGAAAGCAGAAGCAUCCAUCUCCGAAUUAACAAAGAGAACAACUGAAUGAUCAUUAAUUCUUCUGCACAGAGGUGAGUGCAUGGCAUCUCUGUUAUGUGUGAUUCAAAUAGAGAAGCAGAUGACAUCUCAGGGCGAACGCAAAAACCAGGGCAGGUCUUUGCCUGUGGUUUCAAGCUUAGCAUCGUCCUGAAGAGCUACACUGAUGCAUACUCCAGCAUCCAUGCUGAUGGGAGUGGUGUUCGCUCCCUUGGGCCUUGUGCUGGUGUUCACUGCAGCGAUCACGCCGCAGUGGAGGGAGGGACAGGCGCGGCUGGGUGCGGCAGGGCGGGGCGGAGCCACGGAGCUCCUCCUACUUCGUUCGGACGGCCUGUGGGAGAGCUGCCUGCAGGUGGUGCACUCUGAAGUCAAAGAGUGCUGGCCCGUGUCGGGGUCCUACCAGCGGGAUGCUCGGGUUCGAAUGGUCCAGGGGAUGGUGCUGUCCUCUCUCUUCCUUUGCGGCGCAGGGAUUGUCCUCGCCAGCGUGGGCGUCCGCUGCUGGACCGAUAUCCCGCUUAGGAGUGUAGCGGCGGCUGGCGGCCUGUUGGUGGCGCUGGCGGGCGUGCUUAGUCUGGCUGCGUUAGGAGUCUACACUCAUAAUCUUUCAAAGCUGGGGAUUGAGGUGGAUUCAACCGUAUCGGAGACGCAAGGACUCAACGUACACAAGCCACCCCGACUAACGUUACACCCGGCCGGGUCGCUGUAUUUCGGGUGGGUGGGAGCUUGGGUACAGGUGCUGGGAGGGGCCGCACUGCUCUAUGGGUUUAAAAGCAUGAAGUGUUCAUCCUGUCACAAGCAGAGACUCAAAGACAGUGCAGAGAUGUAUGAGGUGAAUUGUUAGAUGGACCAACGUUCCUGAAGAGACUGUUAAGGUGUUUAAACCAGUCAUAAGUAGCACAGGUUUAUUUGCAGAUAUAGCAAACUAUAUAUUGUGGGUCAAACUAUCAUUAGGAUAUUAAGUAAAGAUCAUGUUCCAUGAAGACAUUUUGUAAACUUCCUACCGUAAAUAUAUCAAAAUUUUAUAGUUGAACUUUAUUUGGACAAGUUUAAUGGCAAUUUUUUCAGUAUUUUCAUUUUUUUGCACCCUCAGAUUCCAAAUUUGUAAAUAAUUUGUAAAUCUCAGCAAAUAUUGUCCUAUACUACAAAACCAUACAUCAGUGGAAAACUGAUUUAUUCAGUCCACUUUCAGAUGAUGUACAAAUCUCAGUUUCAAAAAACUGACCCUUAUGACUGGUUUUGUGGUCCAUGGUCACAAAUAAUAAAUGGAAAGUCCUACACAUUAUGUUUCUAUAAAGAACUAUAUUUAAAUAUGUAUGAAACCACUAAUUGAAGCCUUAAGGCCUGUUCACACCAAAAACUAUAACGAUAACUAUAACAAUAACUCUAUAUUUGUAUCCCUACCAACAAACCAUAAAGUUGUUUAUUAUAAUUCAUAAUUCAUUCACUCAAUAUAAUUCAUCUGCCACUUUAAAUGCUCAAAUUCUUCAAAGUAGGGUUAAUUCUGACUGAAUUGAAGGCUAUUUUAAUGAUACAGCUCCUCUGUGUUGUUAUUAUCCUUAUUGCUAUGGUUAGAACGAUUUCAAAACUUUAUAUCCACCUUAUUUUUCCUGUAAGAGCGGGCGCAGCCAUUUAUAAACUUAAUGGAUCUGGCUUCCGGUGUAAGUUGCUUCCAGCGAUUCUUAGCUGUACAAAACAACUCGUUUUGCUGCUUGGUAUUGCAAACAGGUGUGUCUUACCAUAUUAUUUUAAUGUAUAUUAAUUAUGAACACACUGCUUUGCAGUGCAAACAGAUUUAACGUUUACUGCACUUUGUUAUUCUUCUAAUGAACUUCUAAUGAACCGGAAGUCUCGCACAUUUAGCCUGCAGAAAACAGCUUACCGCGUUGAAUUUGAAAAAUCCGAUGGAUAGUUAUCGUCCUUGGUGUGAACGGGAGGCCGGUUCGCACAGAACGCGUUUUUGCAUUCUUCUGCGCUUUAUAAAAAAGUUUUCUGUCUGAACAUCAAUUAUUUUAAAUGUUUUGCGAAUGACCGCUGCGUUUUUAAGUUUUGGCAACUUUUAAAAACAGAACUCGAGACGUUGUGUUCUUUUUUUAUUCCCAUGGAACGCGCUUAAUUUAAAUUCAAGGACGCAUUCGUGUGAACGGUCCCCUCAGUUGAUAAGACUUUAUAGAUUGUAUAAGUUGUCUGUUUCGUGGCAAAUUUUGCUAUUCAUCAUGACAGUACUGUAUGUUUACCCAAAGCUGUCGUAAAAUGAAAACAAUGUACUAGAGUCACAAGGCUGUUGGCAUUUUUGGCUUUUCCCGCUAGUGCGUGAAAUAUGUGUCAUGUGUCAUUUCGCGCAAGACUUAUAGCUGGUAAACAACAGGUGUUUAUUUGUAAUAUAUUUAUAUGUAAUUAAUUGCUAUCUGUACUUGAUAAAUCUUUACGUUGUAAAUAUGUGUAGUUAUUGACUGUGAUACUAUAUGUGUUAGGCUACUGAUUAAAUGUUUUAAAGCAUUUUUCCUGCUGCCCAUGUCAUGUACGACUACUUGUAAUAUUUGUCAUUACACCUGCUCAAACACUCUAUUGGCUUGUCAUGCUAACUAAUGAUGAUUGUGCCAAACAGCUUGUUUGGGUAAAUACACCUGACCUGUACAUUCCCACAUCUCAAGAUCAGAUAAC